AUGGUGUUCAGUAGUAUGCUUGGCUUCAGAGCCAAAGGUCAUCCCAAGGAUGAGAUAGAAGUCGCUGCGGUGGUAGAUCCUUCCGCCCACAUCGACCCACAAACGGGUGCUGUUAUCGAGAAGAAGACCAAGAAAGAGAGAUUGUUCGUAGCUAGACUAGAUGCUAUAUUGCUGGUGUACUGUUGUAUCAGUCAGGUGAUCAAGUAUCUUGAUCAACAGAAUAUCAGCGCAGCCUAUGUGUCAGGUAUGAAGGAGGAAUUAAACCUCUAUGGCAACGAAUACAACUACUUCACAACCUGGUUCAAUGUUGGAUACGCUAUUUUUCUCAUCCCAUCUCAGAUCAUGAUAACCCGUGUCCGACCGUCUUUGUGGCUGCCUACUCUCGAGGCGUUUUGGGGUGUCUUGACGAUUGGAAUGUAUAAGGUGCACUCCGCCAAGCAAGUAUACAUCCUGCGAGCUUUCAUCGGAGCUCUCGAAGCGACGUGUUAUCCUGGGGCUAUCAUGCUCUUAAUGUCCUGGUAUACCCCAGUGGAGCUAGCCUUCAGGAUUGGUUUCUAUCAUUCUUGUCAGACCGCAAAAGUAACCGAUCCCAGCUCACACCCGGCUGGUAUCUGGCAGCUCGCUGGUGCACUCCAAGCUGCUAUCUAUAACAAUAUGGAUGGAAUCCACGGGAUCAGUGGAUGGAGGUGGAUGCUAAUCAUUGAUGGUAUCCUCACCCUGGUCGUCAGCUUGGCUGGAUUUUGCCUGAUUCCCGACUUCCCAACCAAACCCAAUCCCAUGUCAUUUUGGCUUCGCCCUAAACACAUCAUACUCGCUGUUGAACGUACCAAGAAGUUUAAGAGAGCCGAUAACAAAAAGUUCACGCUCCAUUCCGUCAAGAAAGCCUUGACCGGACCAUUGUUCUACAUUUUCGUGAUACUUUAUGUUUCAUCUGUAAUCUCGCAACAGAGUUACACAUACUUCAACCUCUGGUUGAAGAGCCUGAAGAACGCGGACGGGACUGCUCGCUGGACAGUGGCCCAGGUAAAUCUGCUACCUCUGAUUGGCGGGGCCAUAACGAUCGUCACCAUCUGGUUUUGGGGGUUUGUUUCCGAUUAUUACCAAACCCGAUGGAUCCCUGUCGUCGUUCAGGCUUGUAUCGGUAUCAUACCCGGCAUAAUCAUGUCGAUUUGGCAUGUUAGCGAUGCCGCAAAGUACUUCUCAUACUUCAUCGUAUAUCUAACCUUGGCUACUGCACCUCCAAUCUGGGCUUGGCUCUCGGAUCUCAAUCCCUUCGAUGCAGAGCAACGAGCGUUUACUCUUGGUUUCGCUAUUGCAUUCUACUAUGCAUGUGGAGCAUGGUCAGGACCGUUAAUCUGGCCAGCUAAGACUGCCCCUCAUUACAAAUACGGCUGGCAAGUCACGAUCGCAUUAUGGGUCUUGGUCAUCAUCAUGGCUUGUUCCUUACGAUACAUCGAACUCAAACAUAUCAGGCCCAAGAACAGACGAUUCGCUCAGGAGAAGGAAGAGGCCGCACGGGCCGCCGAAAGGGAAGCUGAGCUACAAGCUGAGCAAGACGUAGACAAGAAAGACGUGCAAGUCACAAGGAUCACGUCGAUUCGUUCUAGAGAUAGCGUAUAG